GCCGCUGCCAUUGUCUUUGGAUUAAUUUUGGCAGUUAUCUGUGUCAAUGGGCAAAUUGAUGGAUAUGAAGCUGGUGUCGAUUACCCAACAUAUGAUUCUGUACCGAAAGAUCUAUCAUUCAAAUGCCAAGGACGAAUGCCAGGCUACUAUGCUGAUACUGAAACCCGUUGCCAAGUUUGGCAUUGGUGCCUACACUCCGGUCAUCAAUACUCGUUCCUCUGUCCCAAUGGUACAGUAUUUAAUCAAGCAGUGCGUGUUUGUGAUUGGUGGUCAAAUGUCAAUUGUCCCGCUUCAGAGCAAUUAUAUGAUAACAAUGAAGAAUUAUAUAGACCAACCGAACAAAAUCAGGGACAACAAGGGGAUAUUUGAUAUAAGGCCAAUGAUAAAAAUCAGCGCACCGAAUCUUUUGCAAAUAUGA